AUGAAGAAGGACGACGGAGAAAUGGCGGAGGAAGAGAAGAAGAAGCCAUGUCGAUUCUGGAUUUGGGCUUUGUCAUCCGUUGCUUUCCGAUUGAUAUUGAUUUCAUUUGCCGGAAAUCUCAAUCUCUCUUCCCGUCCGGAGGUCUCCACUCCUCUCACCAGCAUUCGCCGCCUUGCUGAAGGUUACUGGUUGAAGCAAGCAUCGAUGUCACCAUAUGCAGGAUCUAUGUAUCACGGCUCCCCGUUGCUACUCUCUCUUCUCGGACCUCUCACCGUUCAAAGGAUUAAAGGGCAACCAAGUCACCUCUUGUGCAGCUUGGUUUUUGUUGUUGCAGAUGUAUUAAGUGCAAUGCUUCUUCGAGGUAUUGGUCAAAAGCUCCAGAUGGCUUAUGGAUUGAAUGCGAGGCUUCUUGGUCUUCUUAAGACACCAAGAGAUAAAGGGAUCCUACCUUCUGGUGAUAUUGCUGCUCUUGUGUACCUUUGGAAUCCUUUCACAAUCGCUUGUUGUGUGGGCUUGUCGACUUCACCAAUCGAGAAUCUGGCUGUGAUAUCGGCACUUUAUGGAGCAGUUACUCGGAAAGUUCCUCUGGCUGCAUUUGGAUUAGUCAUGGCCACACAUUUAUCUCUUUACCCUGCAACUCUGACAAUCCCAAUAAUCUUUCUAUUGGGAUAUGGUUUGGAUGCUCCUCCGUUGAAAUUGUUCCUACAGACCAAGAAAGUAGACAAUGAGGACAGAUCAACCUCAAAACCGACGACACGGCUUCCCUUUCUAUGGAAAACAGUCAUCCACUUCGUGUUCUGGUUGCUUCUUUGGUCGCUCUGUGUGUUGGUUUUGUGUGCCUUAUCACUGACUAAAUAUGGUGGCCUCGAAGAGAUGUUCAACAGGACAUAUGGUUUCAUUCUCAGUAUUGAAGAUCUAUCACCAAACAUUGGAGUCUUUUGGUACUUCUUUGCAGAAGUUUUCGACUUCUUCAGAAGUUUCUUCUUGAUAGUUUUCCACGUAAAUAUUCUGUUUAUGUUACUUCCUUUAGCCAUACGGUUGAAACAUCGGCCCUGCUUCUUGGCUUUCAUAUACUUAGCCAUCUCCUCGAUUCUCAAAUCUUACCCUUCAGUUGGAGAUUCGGCUUUAUACUUGAGUCUAUGGGCAUUGUUUGUCAAUGAGUUGGUUGAUAUGAAGUUCUCGUUCUUCCUCUUCUGUGGAUAUCUUGGGAUCUCUCUCCUCAGCCCUGUGAUGCAUAACCUCUGGAUAUGGAGGGGGACUGGAAAUGCCAAUUUCUACUUCGGGAAUGCUAUUGGCUACGCUUGCUUCCAGAUUGUUUUCGUGGUUGAGAGUGUAAGCGCAAUGUUGAACCACGACCGGGCGUUGAAGAAAUGUAACUCGAACCAUGGAGAAGUCAAGAAGUAA